UCCUCCCCUCUCCCUGCCUCUCUCCCUCCCUCCUUCUCUCUUUCUCCGCCGCCACCGGAGCGGAACCGAAAGCGAAGGCUGCUCCGUGCGGCCCCGUGGCGGCCGAGGCCGCGCCCUGUGGCGGAGCGGAGCGGAGCGGAGCCGAGCGCUGCGCUGCCCGCAGGGUGCCGAAAUCCCAUUUUUGCAAAGGAGGCUAUAGGGAACUCGGGGCAAGCAGGAGAAACCCCUGUGGAUGCUGUGCUGUAGGUAGAGGCAGUGAGCCCCAGGGCAGACCCCACAGUUCGUGCUUGGUGUUUGUACCCCUCGGAGCACCGCCAGCGGCCGGGAUGAGGCCGGCAACCUCACCAUGCCAUCCUGCAUCCCCAGCAGCUCGCCUGCUGCCCCUCAGCCCCCACACCACCACAGAGCACCUGGGCUGCCGCUGAGUGCCGGCCGCCCCGCCAUGGAGUCGCUCAUCGUGGUGACCGAGUGCGAGGCGACGGCGAGCGAGGAGGAGAUGAGCGUGGCUGCCGUGGAAGAAAGUCGGGAGCCCAGGGCGAAGCUGAACCUCUCCGGCCGAAAGCUGUCCCUGCAGGAGCGCUCGCAUCCGGCCCGCUCCCCUGGAAGUGGUGACAGCGAGCGCUUCAUCUACCCGUCCCUCCCCUACUCACCAGUGACAUCCCCACACUCGUCCCCGCGCCUACCGAGGCGGCCGACAGUGGAAUCCAACCGCGUCUCCAUCACGGGGCUGCAGGACUGCGUCCAGCUCAACCAGUACAAGCUGAAGGAUGAGAUUGGGAAGGGCUCCUAUGGAGUGGUGAAGCUGGCCUACAACGAGGACGACAACACCUACUAUGCAAUGAAGGUUCUCUCCAAGAAGAAGCUGAUGAGGCAGGCAGGCUUCCCCCGCCGCCCUCCACCCCGUGGAGCCAAAGGUGCCUCAGAGGGCUGCCUGCAGCCCCGAGGCCCCAUCGAACAGGUUUACCAGGAGAUUGCCAUCCUGAAGAAGCUGGACCACCCCAACGUGGUGAAGCUUGUGGAGGUGCUGGAUGACCCCAGUGAGGACCACCUGUACAUGGUGUUCGAACUGGUGAAACAAGGCCCAGUGAUGGAAAUCCCCACCCUGAAACCUCUCAGUGAGGACCAGGCUCGGUUCUACUUCCAGGAUCUGAUCAAGGGCAUUGAAUACUUGCACUACCAGAAGAUAAUCCACCGGGACAUCAAGCCUUCCAACCUCCUUGUGGGGGAGGAUGGACAUGUUAAAAUUGCUGACUUUGGUGUCAGCAAUGAGUUCAAGGGAGCUGAUGCCCUUCUGACCAACACGGUGGGCACCCCUGCCUUCAUGGCCCCAGAGACACUCUCAGAAACCAGGAAAAUCUUCUCUGGAAAGGCUUUGGAUGUCUGGGCCAUGGGAAUCACGCUGUACUGCUUUGUGUUUGGGCAGUGUCCUUUCAUGGAUGAAAGGAUCCUGAGUUUACACAAUAAAAUCAAGACCCAAACAUUGGAGUUUCCAGACCAGCCAGAAGUUACAGAUUUCUUGAAGGAUCUGAUCAUGCGGAUGCUGGAUAAAAAUCCUGAGUCGAGGAUUUCAGUCCCUGAAAUCAAGGCAAGUACCUUGCAGCAGCCUUUGGCAGGAGAUUUCUGGCCCUUCGCCCCUGCGGGAACCUGGAAGGGGCGAGAAGCUGAGAAAAUGGAGAUGAAGUUGCACCCGUGGGUCACCAAGAACGGAGUGGAGUUGCUGCCCACUGAGGACGAGAACUGCACACUUGUCGAGGUGACAGAGGAGGAGGUGGAGAAUUCGGUCAAGCACAUCCCCAGCCUGGCCACCGUGAUCUUGGUUAAAACGAUGAUCCGGAAGCGGUCCUUUGGGAACCCAUUUGAGGGCAGCCGGCGGGAGGAGCGUUCGCUGUCGGCCCCUGGAAACCUGCUGCCGAAGCAAGGCAGUGAGGAUAACCUGAAAUGCAACGACUUGCCCAACGUGGGAGAGGAGGAAGUCCUUUCAUGACCGACGGCUUGAUGGUUCUGUUGAGCUGAACUCGGUCCGGGGCACUUCAUCGAGUGUGCAGCUGAGGAUGAGUGGCAUUAACAGAGCCCCCACCACCCCCAGCAUGACACGGCGCUAUUUCAGUGUAACGCUGGAUGUAGAGUUUGCAUAGCAGCAUGUUUAAGACAUCCGACUACUGUACCCGUCAUUGACCAUCUCUGAUUGCUUGGACUUCUCAUGGGGGGGGGAAAGAAAAAAAAAAAAAAAAAGGUGCUGAUUGAUCGCAGAGUGGUGAGGGAUGGUGUUGAGCAGGCAAGGCAAACUGUGUUUGGAACUGCUUUUUGCCUGGUUUUCUUGCCAAAGGGAUCUCCCACCAUCCCAGGGCAGUGUGUGCCUGCCUUGUGGGUGCACGCAGGACCGAGAAGCUUCUGCAGAGCGCAGCAGUGAAACCACACUCAUGUGCUUUGAGGGUUGUUGCAUCGAUUUCUUCUUGUUUGGUUUUGGUUUUAAUUGACGCCUUUUUAACUGCAUGGGAACAAAGCAAAAACCACCUUUCCAGCUUUUUUUUUU